AUGCAGAAAUUCUAUUCCACGCUUCCUGCUGCCUCGCCUGAGCUGGACGAGCCCAUUGUCGACCACUGGGACCCUGCCGAGAGCGUCGGCGGUGUCAGGCGCUUGAGCAGUAUCACCCCCUCCCCUGAGCUUCGGCGCUCGUUCCACGUUUCGGCAGCUCGCCAACGAGACCACCACUUCGAUACCCUCCGCUUUGUGCAGCGCCUACAAGCUGAGGGCUUUACCGAGGAGCAAGCUGUGGCCCUAAUGAGGGUAUUAAACGACGUCAUCGAGGAGAGCAUCCAAAACCUCACCCGCACCAUGGUCCCCCGCGAAGAAGCGGCCAAAAUCACCUACACACAAAAAGUCGACUUCGCCAAACUACGCAGCGAGCUCCUGUCCGCCGACAGCACAGAGCACAACACCACACGUGCAACACACGAGAAACUCACCAACGACAUUGCCAAGCUGAGCAGCCGGCUGCGCGACGAGAUCGGGCGCACGCAGGCGAGCGUGCGGCUCGACCUUAACUUGGAGAAAGGCCGCAUCCGCGAGGAGGCUGUCUCUCAAGAGCUCAAGAUUAAGGAAACUGAGACCAAAAUUGAGCAGGAGGCGGCUGCGCUAAGGCAGCAGUUGGAGCAGGUUAAGUUUCAAACAUUGCAGUGGUUGAUAGGGGUUUGUACUGGUUUCGCGGCACUGUUGUUGGGUGCUUGGCGCUUGUUGAUGUGA